GGCAGGGAGGUGCUGCUCACCCAGCCACCGCUACUCAACACAACAACAACAACAGUGUGUUUCUGCUGCUCUUACCCGGCACAUUAUUGUGCUUGCUUAUCUGUUACUGCAGGGGGGGUCGAAUCUCCGCUCCUGGAGCAGCUGGCGUGGUAUGGAAGUGGUGGUGUGGCUUGGAGGUGUGUGAGGAGACUACCAGUGGUGGAGGGACGCUGCUCGUCCCCCCGCCAGUCUUGUCCAGGUGUGGGACGCUGCUCUCACACCACCUCACUUUACUCUGCGAACACUUUACCCCCUGGAAUUUGGCACAGUUUUGGCAGUAUCUCGACUAGGGAGAGGAGGAAGUGGUGUUCAAUACGGCUGAGGUUGCAGUAGCCCUCACACAACACUGCUCUCAGUACUUCAUAGUGUUGUCUUGGCCUCGGUUAUAUAUUAACAUUCACCACUGGAUGACACCAGAAAGUUACUGAAAUGGAUGAAGGUAAUGGUGGUCCAACACCCAAGUUUGGAAGCUCUGGGACAAAUAUAACAGGCUCAUUACAACCAAAAUCACUUACUGGAAAGGAAGCUGAUAGGUCAUCACAGAGCCAAAAUGCUCCACCAGGCCCUUCCAGGCAUCCAGGGGAGUAUGUAGCACAUACAUCAUCCUUCAAGGAGGGUCAGUUAUCUGAUAAAGGUAUCAGUCCAUCUGGUACUGGUCACCAUGGUAAUACAUCACAAGGUCUUGUACCUCCUAAGCAUACCAGUGGAGAUAAAAGAAUUGUUAUUGAAAAUGUUGCAGAUAUACCUCUGCCAUCUCAGGCACCACCUCCAACUAUGCGGCCAAGGCUUACUUUACCUUCUGCCCCUGUGCCUGCUUCCCCUCCUUUGCCAUCAGCUCGACAAACAUCUACUCCAGUAAAACCUCCAAUUUCUUUUAAGAUAGAACAAAGAGGCUUGCGUGACAAGUCUGAAGGAAAUAGAUCUGCCACUGGUGCCAUCUCAAGUUCUAAUAUCAAGACAUCUGCCAUUACAGUCAAAUCUCAAUCCAGCAUGCCAAAAGUGAAUACUCCAUGUACUCUUACUCAACCUCAGAGAUCAAGUAUUAUUAUUGGACCUAGUAGCAUGAAAGGGUCGUCUCGAAAGUUUUUACCCACUCAAGUGCCGUCUUCCAAAGAUACAACAUUAAACAAGAAGCCAAUUUUGUCUGAAUCAGAUGUCACAAGCAAGCUUACUAGUGUUGAUCUAACCACAACUAAUACACCAACACACACUAGAUCUGAGGGUCUUUCUUCCCUGGUGUCUUAUUCAUCCUCAUCAUCAGAAGGUUCACCCUCUGAAUGCAAUCCCCAUGAUGAUCAAGAUGAAAGUAGUUUGUCAUCUAUUUUGGAUGAGUCAGUGGACACUAGUAGCAACAAUAGCCAAUAUACAGGUGCUGUUACCAAGUUGAUGGCAGUUAAAUCUUUCAUGACUCCUGAAUGCAUGGAGAAGGUAAUAUCUGAAAAACUUGAGGCAGUAGAUACCAGCACAGCUGAGAAACAUGCUGAUGCAAGUGACAGUAAGUUCCCUGAUGCAGGGAAACAACACAGUACAUACUCCACUCCAAGCAAGGCUGGCAGUAGGGAUAUUAACAUAAAAGAGAAACAAGUUUUAUUGAAAGAUGAUCAACCCACUGUAAGUAAGGAUACUGGUAUUAUAAAAGAGAAAAAAGAAAUUCUUUCAAAAAUUGACCACUCCACUGUAAGUAAGGAUAUUAAUGUUGUAAAAGAGAAAAAAGAAGUUUGUUUGAAAACUGAUCAUUCCACUUUAAAUAAGGAUAAUAUUGUUAAAGAAAAUAAAGACCUUCAUUUAAAAACUAACAAUCCCACUCUAAAUGAGGAUACUAAUAUUGUAAAAGAGAAAAAAGACAUUCAUUCAAAUACUGACCAUGCUACUGUAAAUAAGGAUAAAAUUGUAAAAGAGAAAAAAGACAUUCAUUCAAAAACUGACCAUUCCACUGUAAAUAAGGAUAGUUUUAUUGUAAAAGAGAAAAAAGACAUUCAUUCAAAAACUGACCACCCCACUGCAGGUGAAGAUAUUAAUAUUGUAAAAGAGAAAAAGGGUAGUUAUUCAAAAACUGACCAACCCAUUUCUGACAAGGGUGUCAGUGUCAUAAAAGAGAAAAAAGAAGUUCCCUCAAAAAGUGACCAGAGUGUAGAUAAAAAAGAUGAUACAAGCAUAAAAUGUGAUAAAGAUGCAAAUUUGACAACAGGGGUAGAUAAGAAAGAUAACCCUGAAGCAUCAGAUAUAUCUGCUUGUACUGUUAAGGAAAAGUUAGAAAAGUGCCCAUCAAAGGCUCCUCUUCAGCAGACAACUGUUGGUGCGUCAGACGGUGUGCAACCAGAGAUGGGGAAGGAAAGUUUACAAAUUACUGAGGAGAGAGUUCAUCAGUCAGUAAAAGCUGAACAGCUGCAAGCAUCGGCAGUCAUCGAGAAAAAAGCUCAUCAGUUAGUGAAAGCUGAACACGUACAGGCAGCACCAAUAGCCAAGGAGAAAGCUCAUCAAUUGGUGAAAGCUGAGCAAGUGCAGGCAUCACCAAUCACUAAGGAGAAAACUCAUCAUUUAGUGAAAGCUGAACAUGUACAGGCAGCACCAAUAGCCAAGGAGAAAGCUCAUCAAUUGGUGAAAGCUGAGCAAGUACAGGCAUCAAUUACUAAGGAGAAAACCCAUCAUUUGGUGAAAGCUGAACACGUACAGGCAGCACCAAUUGCCAAGGAGAAAGUUCAUCAAUCUAUGAAAGCUGAGCAAGUACAGGCAGCACCAGUUGCCAAGGAGAAAGUUCAUCAGUUGGUGAAAGCUGAAAAAGUACAGGCAACACCAAUCACCAAGGAGAAAGCUCAUUCACUAGUGAAACCUGAACAUGUACAGGCAGCACCAGUCACCAAGGAGAAAGUUCAUCAAUCUGUGAAAGCUGAGCAAGUACAGGCAGCACCAAUUGCCAAGGAGAAAGUUCAUCAGUUGGUGAAAGCUGAAAAUGUACAGGCAGCACCAGUCACCAAGGAGAAAGCUCAUUUGCCAGUGAAACCUGAACAUGUACAGGUAGCACCAGUCACCAAGGAGAAAGGUCAUCAAUCGGUGAGAGCCGAACACGUACAGGCAGUACCAGUCACCAAGGAGAAAACUCAUCAGUCAGUGAAAGCCGAACACAUACAGGCAGCACCAGUCACCAAGGAGAAAACUCAUCUGUCAGUGAAAGCUGAACACAUACAGGCAGCACCAGUCACAAAGGAGAAAGCUCAUCAAUCAGUGAAAGCUGAACACAUACAGGCAGCACCAGUCACAAAGGAGAAAGCUCAUCAAUCAGUGAAAGCUGAACACAUACAGACAUCACCAGUCACCAAGGAGAAAGCUCAUCAAUCAGUGAAAGCUGAACACAUACAGACAUCACCAGUCACCAAGGAGAAAGCUCAUCAGUCAGUGAAAGCUGAACACAUACAGCCAGUACCAAUCACUGAGGGAAAUGCUCAUCAAUCUCUGAAAGAUGAGCAUGUGCAGGCAACCCCAGUCACUAAGGAGAGAGCACAUCAGUCACUGAAGGACAAAGAAGUGCCAACUGCUCCAGUCAGCAAGGAGACAGAGCAUCAGUCGCUGAAGGAUGACCGGGUGCAAGCACCUCCAGUCACUAAGGAAAGAGUGCACCAGCCACUAAAAAGUGAACAGGUUCAGUUAACCCAAGUUGGCAGAGAGAGAUCACACCAGUCACUGAAAAAGGAGCAGGUGCAGGCAACUCCAAUCACCAAGGAGAAAGAGCAUCAAUCAUUGAAAGUUAAACAGGUGCAGGCAACUCCAAUCACCAAAGAGAAAGAGCAUCAGUCAUUGAAAGCUGAACAAGUACAGGCAACUCCAGUCACCAAGGAGAAAGAGCAUCAAUCAUUGAAAGCUGAACAGGUGCAGGCAACUCCAGUCACCAAGGAGAAAGAGCAUCAGUCAUUGAAAGCUGAACAAGUACAGGCAACUCCAGUCACCAAGGAGAAAGAGCAUCAGUCAUUGAAAGCUGAACAGGUGCAGGCAACUCCAGUCACCAAGGAGAAAGAGCAUCAGUCAUUGAAAGGUGAACAGGUGCAGGCAACUCCAAUCACCAAGGAGAAAGAGCAUCAAUCAUUGAAAGCUGAACAGGUGAAGGCAACUCCAGUCACCAAGGAGAAAGAGCAUCAGUCAUUGAAAGCUGAACAGGUGCAGGCAACUCCAAUCACCAAGGAGAAAGAGCAUCAAUCAUUGAAAGCUGAACAGGUGCAGGCAGCUCCAGUCACCAAGGAGAAAGAGCAUCAAUCAUUGAAAGCUGAACAGGUGAAGGCAGCUCCAGUCACCAAGGAGAAAGAGCAUCAAUCAUUGAAAGCUAAACAGGUACAGGCAACUCCAAUCACCAAGGAAAAAGAGCAUCAAUCAUUGAAAGCUGAACAGGUGCAGGCAGCUCCAUCACCAAGGAGAAAGAGCAUCAAUCAUAGUCAGGCAGUUUCUGUCACCAAAGAGAAAGCACAUCAGUCACUGAAAGAACAAGUGCAGUCGACACUGAUCGCCCAGGCGAAAAUUCAUCAGUCACUGAAAGAUGAACAAGUGCCAGCCACUUCAAUCACCAAGGAGAAAGAGUGUCAGUCACUGAAUGACGAACAGGGGCAGGCACCUUCAUUCACCAAGCAGAGAGUACACCAAUCACUGAAAGGUGAGCAGGUACAGUCAACCCUAAUCAAUCAGCAAUCACUCAAAUGUGAAAAGGUGCCAGCAGUUUCAAUUCCCAAGGAGGUUGGGCAUCAGUCAAUCAGAAGUGAACAGGUGCAGAAGGAGAAAGUGUGCAGUUCAGUUGAAGGUGAACAGGCACAGGUUUCAAUUACCCAAGAGAGUGCAUGUCACCUAAUCAAAGGUGAACAGGUGAAGGUUUCAGUUGCCCAGGAGAGAGUGCAUCACCCAUUCAAAGGUGAACAGGUAAAGGUUUCAGUCACCCAGGAGAGUGCACAUCACCCAGUAAAAGGUGAACAGGUGCAGGUUUCAGUCACUCAGGAGAGUGAAUGUCGCCUAAUCAAAGGUGAACAGGUAAAGGUUUCAGUCACCCAGGAGAGCGCACAUCACCCAGUAAAAGCUAAACAGGUGCAUGUUUCAGUCACUCAGGAGAGUACACAACACAGAAUCAAAAGUGAACAGGCACAGAUUUCAGUCAUCCAGGAGAGUGCACAUCACCCAAUUAAAGGUGAACAGGCACAGGUUUCAGUCACCCAGAAGAGUGCACAACACAAAAUCAAAGGUGAAGAGGUGCAAACUUCAAUCAGUAAGGCCAGUGUGUGUCAACCAGUCAAAGGCGAACAGGCAAAGCUUUCAGGCACUAAGCAGAGUGCACAUCAACCAAUCAAAAGUGAACACACACAGGUUGCAAUUAGUAAGGAGAGUGCACAUGAACUAAGCAAAUGUGAACAGGUGCAAAUUUUAGUCAGUAAAGAGAGAGUGCAUAAUCCAAUCAAAGGUGAACAGGGAAAAGUCUCAGUCACCAAGGGAAGCGUGCAUCAGUCGAGCAAAGGUGAACAGGCACAGACUUCAGUCACUGAAAGUGUGCUUCAACCAGUCAAAGGUGAACAAGUGCAGGUUUCAGUCACCAAGGAGUGUGUGUGUCAGCCAGUCAAAAGUGAACAGGUGAAGGUUUCAGUCACUAAGGAGAGUGCACAUCAACCAAUCAAAGUUUCAGUCAGUAAGGAGAGUGUGCAGCAGCCAAACAAAGGCAUACAGGAGGAAGUUAUACUCACUAAGAGCAUACAUCAAGCUGUCAAGGGUGAACCAGUGCAAAUUUCAGUCAAUAAAGAGACAGUGCAUCAGCAAAGCAAAGGUGAAUUGGAGCAAGUUUCAGUCAAUAAGGAGGGUGUACAUCAACCAGUCAAAAUUGAACAAGUGCAGAAAGAGAGUGCGCUUCACUCAGUGGAAGAUAAAAAGGUGCAAAUUUCGAUCAAGGAGAGAGAGCAUCAGUCACCUGAAGGCAAAGAGAUGCAAGCAGCUUCAAUCACAAAGGAGAGAGAGCAUCAUUCACUGAAAGGUGAACAGGUGCACAAGGUUUUAGUCACGAAGGAGAGAGAGCAUCAUUCACUGAAAGGUGAACAGGUGCACAAGGUUUCAGUCACCAGGGAGAAAGAGCAUCAUUCACUGAAAGGUGAACAGGUGAACAAGGUUUCAGUCACCAAGGAGAAAGUGCAUCAAUCUUUUGAAACUGAAAAUGUUCAGAAAGCUUCAGUUACCAAGGAAAAAGAGCAUCAGUCAAUCAAAGAUCAACAGGUGCAGAAAGAGAAAGAUCAUCAGUCAGGUGAAGUGGUGGGUGAACAAGUGAAGGUAUUUUCAGUCACCAAGGAAAAGAUGCAUCAGUCAGUUAAAUGUGAACAGGUGCAGGAGAAAACCCAUCAGUCAGUUGAAGGUGAACAGGUGCUGAAGGAGAAAACUUCCAAGUCAGUUGAAGGCAAACAGGUGCAUAAGGUUUCAGUCCCUAAGAAAAAAGUGCAUCAGUCAAUCAAAUGUGAACAGGUGCAAGAGAAAGCCCAUCAAUCAAUUGAAGGUGAACAACUGCUGAAGGAGAAAACUUCCCAAUCAGUUGAAGGCAAACAGGUGCAUAAGGCUUCAACUCCUAUGGAGAAAGUGCUUCAGUCAAUCAAACGUGAAGAGGUGCAGGAAGAAACCCAUCAAUCAAUUGAAGGUGAGCAGAUGUCAAAGCAGAAAACUCCCCAAUCAGUUGGAGUUGACAAAAUGCAUGUGGUUUCAACCCCCAAGGAUAUAGUGCAUCAGCCAAUCAAAUGUGAACAGGUUCAGGUUUCAGUUGCAAAGGAGAGAGCACAUCAGUCGAGCAAAGGUGAGCAAGUGAAGGUUUCAGGCACCAAGGAGAGAGUGCAUCGAUCACUCAAAGGUGAACAGGUGGAGCCAGUUUCCAUCCCUGAGACAGAAGAUCAAUCAGUUGAAGGUGAACAGCUGCAGAAGACUUCAGUCACCAGGGAGAGAACGUCUCGAUCACUCAAAAGUGAACAGGGACCAACAGUUUCUUUGAGAAAGGAAAGAGUGCAUCGGUCACUUAGAGGUGAACAGGUGGAGGCAGUUCCCGCUAAAAAGGAGAGAGCACAACGAUCACUCAAAUGCGAACAGGCAGUUACAACCUCAAAUAAACCUGGUGAAAAACGUAAAGCUGUUGAUGUAAAAUCCCCAUCAAAGACUGAAGUAAAUCCUCAAGAAAGUAUGCAGAAACAGAAAGAAAUCCCCAUCAAGACAUCUUUGCCUGAAAAGACUUCUGCAGCAAAACGUGUGAAGGUUUCCCAUGUUGAGGCUAAGGAACAAAUGGAUAUGAAAGCAUCCACAGAUAAGAUGCCUAAGGGUGCAAAAGUAGACACAUCUUUGUCUGAAAAGAUUUCUGCACCAAAACGUGUAAAGGUUUCCCACGUUGACUCUAAGGAGCAAAUUGAUGUAAAAGCAUCAGUAGAUAAGGUGUCUAAGGGUGAAGUAGAGGUACUGCAUGUAGACAGAGCAGUGCCACAGGAUGCAGCUAAGACCCGGGGAAUUAAGGAAAUUAACCAGUCACCCACAACUCAAGUAGGUGACAAUAUACAGGAACACAAAGAGCAAGGAAUAAAGCGAUCCCUUGAAGAAGACCUUGAAUUUGCCCAAGAAUACAAGCAAGAAGUCCAGCCACCAGUCAAAAAGAGAGCUCGAGUAGUGGAAGCAGCACUGUGUGACAAGCGAACUCAGGUGAUUGAGAAUGAAGCUGAAGAACUGGAAAGAAUAGAAGAUGACACAAAGGAAGAUGCAAAUAGUAAGGUGCCUGUGAAAAAGGUGAUGGAGCAUGGACAUAAGACUGAUGAUGACAGUAGGGAUGGCCUUGAUGAUAAUGGGGGGGAUGAAGAUGAUGUGCAGGAAAAGGACAAUAAUAGUGAUAGCAAAGAAAAUAAUGAAAGCAAGGAUGAUGAAGCUAAUACACCGUCAAAGAGAAAGAAAAAGAAAAAGAAAUCAUAUGAACGACCAAGAGGAGAAGGUGGAAAAUUUAUGAAAGAGAGAUCAGAUCCAUCAGUGCUGGAUGAGGAGACAAGAAUGGACUACAGUCUGCUCCAGGACGAGGACUCUCAAGGCUCAUCCUCAAAGAGAGAAGUUCGUAGAUUCCGCUGUGAAGUCAUUGUGCCAGAAAGCACUGAAGUAUUCACUGCUGAUAAGGUGGUCGAAUAUGUUUGGCCAUUGGAGGGCAUUGGUGAGCACUAUUUCAUACAAGAGCAGAUUUCCCAAUAUCUUGGCAUCAUGUCAUUCAAACGCCGAUACCCAGAUCUACGAAGACGACCAAUUGACAUGCAAGAGCGGGAUUAUCUGAAGGAAAAAGGCUUAGUAUCUGAGAUGGCCUGUGAUUUAGGUUUAACAGCCGUGAGAAGUGAAGAUGUACUGGAUGUUAUGUUUGCUGAUUUUCCCGUCAAAUUUGAAGCAUUACAAAGACUCUUGAGAGAACGAAAAGAGAAUGAAAUUAGAGAGAGAGGAAAAGUGAACUACUCCUUGGCCAAUAUAGACAAGUCCAAGUUGCAGGAGUAUGGGAGGAAGGCUGCUGAGGACGCUGCUCGAUGGAAUGCUAACUUCAACAAAGAAAAGAAAGAUGAACGCAGGUACAGCUUUGACCUGCAGACAUUCACCCUGCAGCUGCCUAUUGGUCGUGGCAAGAAACUACCUGGUGAAUUUACCAAGAUAGGCUAUUAUCCAGUAGCUGUACUUCCUGGACAGUACACUGAUUAUUACAGACCGUACUCAUCAUUGGCCUUAAAAACUAUGCCUUUGGGUACAGUAGUUGCUGCUCCCAUUUCUCAAGAUAAUUUAGGCUCUGGAGCCAGCUCUGAUUCAGAAGAGGAUGCUGCAAGGUUAGCCGCAGAUGCUGCCAUUGAAACCAAGGAUGAUAAACCAGCAGAAGGAGUUCCACGGUGCAAGGUGUGCAGUGGGACAAAGCAUCGCAAUAAAGGAGGGAAACCUGAACCUCUCAUCAUUUGUGGAAACUGCCGAUCAGCAAGCCAUCCUACUUGUAUUGACUUGACACUGAUUAUGGUGUCAAAGAUUGAGGCUUACAACUGGCAGUGUAUGGACUGCAAGUCUUGUGUUACUUGUAAUGAUCCAGAUGAUGAAGACAAGAUGAUCUUUUGUGAUAUGUGUGAUCGAGGGUACCACAUCUACUGUGUUGGUUUGCGGCGUGUACCCAAUGGCCGUUGGCAUUGUAAGGAGUGUGCCAUAUGCUCGUCAUGUGGCUCCAAGACUCCAGCUGGUAUUGAACACUUGAAAAAUGCUGAAUGGCAGCAUGAGUUUAAAAAAGACAAGGACAACAAACAGCUAAGAUAUGCAACCACGCUGUGUGUUCCAUGUGAUAAAUAUUGGAAACGAAGACAGUUUUGCUAUGUGUGCUUGAAGGUGUACAGAAGUAUUCCAGAGGACGGGAUGGUACGAUGCUCCAACUGUCCCAAAUAUAUUCAUCGAGAAGGUUGCUCCACAAUAUAUGAAAAUGAACGUUUUUGUAUCAACUGUUAUAAAAUGCGUAAUUCUACUGCCCUAAAUCAUUCUCGUAUUAUAGCCGCAGCUAAGAAAAAAAUGGCUUCUGGCUAUUAAUGUGAAAGUACUUUAAAGGUUCAAAAUUCCCGACAUGUUUUUAAGUGUUGAAAAAAGACAACAUUUUUUGCUUGGGUGAGUAGUUUUGUGUAAUUUUUAAUAUAGCAAAAAUAACAAGUAUGGAAAGGACUACCUACAAAGUUAUGAAGAGAAAUGAGACAUGAACAAAGCUUUUCAAGUGUCAUAUAUGAAAUGGUGAAACAUUUUCCAGUUAAUGGCAGUGUUAAACAGGAAUGUGCAGACAGUGAGAACUGUGCUCAGCAGCAUACAAGUGAAAAAAUAGAAUUUACAUUUAAGGAUUGAAAGGUACCAGUAAGGGAAAAAGAGAGUUGUAUUAUAUAUUCAUGGAGGAGCAUUAGAUCUGUAGUGAGGUCAUAUAGUACCUGGGUAGUGGGAAGUAAUAAGAGGCAUUCAUUUUAAGGAUAAUUAAAAUUUUAAAAGGGUAAUUUAACUAUAAGGUGGGUACCUUGAUGCCAGUGUGGAGCUCUAGUUCGUUCUUUCCUUCCUCAGGUCAAACACAAUUGCCUUCCAUUUCCCAGGUGCUAUGUGACCCCUGUACAGGUUUAACACUUUCAUCAUAAUAAAAGGAUGGCGUGUAGAUAUAUAAAAAGCAGGUCAUUGCUGUACAAGUGAACAAGAAAACCACUGGAGGUUCCUCCUUAAGGUAAUGCUUCUGUGGACCACCAAGUCUAACAUGUGUACAAAAGAGAACACAUACAAAGUUGUAUAUAUGUUGGUAGAAUUACCGACUAUGUAAAGUAAAUGGACACUAGUUGCACUUGUGUCCAUUUACUUUACAUACAAAGUUAGGUUCACCUGUAGAUAGAUCAGGGAGGUUACUGCCCCUCAUAGCCCAGUCUGUUUUUUGCCUAUCAGGGGUUUUAUUAAUCCCGUACAAUAUCAAUAAUAGCGUGGUAGUCGGGGAAGAUUAGGUGCACAUAAUGAUUUAAUGAUGUCACCUGACAAGUUUUGUUGGCCUAAAAUCAAUUUAGUCAAACUUUGGUAAUGUUAUUACUUCUCGACUGCAUUAAGACAACUAAACAUUUUAAAUCCUCUUCCUUGAUGAUAAUUUUACCAUUCCAUUUAAUCAGAUGACAAUGGCUGCUACUGUAAAUAAUGCAGAUUAUUAACAUUGUCACAGUGGCUGGCAUAUUUAUGCUCAUUGACACUAGUGUGUUCUGUGUAUAUUUUUAGCUGUUUCUCAAAUCCCCAUGUGACUUCACACUCCAGCUUUGGUUUCAGCUAGACUUACUGGUUUCUUGCUGGUCACGCUGCUUAAUGUUAAUACUGGUAGUAGUGACUAUUCUAAUAUUAAACAGAGUAGGCAGUAGAAUUAUUGGGAAGAAUGACAAGUCUUUCCAGAGAUUUGUCAAACUUGUAGGUAUUGAUGAUCCUCAGAACAUUACAUUUACAGUUGUUGAUGAAAUGAAGUGGGGAAUCAAGUUAUGGAAGACCCGAUCACUUUUCUCCUCAAAGUAUUCAAGGGCUACAUACCCUGGAGACCCUCAAAUAAAAUAUGAUGGCAACUCUGCACUUCUUGUACAUUAUUGUAAUUCAAACUAAGCACUAAAAUAACUUGUCAUAGUCUUAAUGGAACUGCAUUGUCAUUAGUUGGAAGCAGCUUUUUGUCAAGUCUGCAUAGGAGUGCACAUCAAAGAAGGCAUGUUUGUCCUCGUAUUCAAGUGGAAAUCUCUGCUAUAGGUCAGUGAUGCUCAACCUCCCGAGUGCUAUGAGAAAGAUAUCCACGUGCACACACACUGCAGCUGUUGCCAUUGGAUUCUGAGGACCUAUGUAGCCCAGAAUACCUAAAGAAGGAAUGUACUACCUGGACCAGGUCUUCAAGGCUACACUUCCCCUCUUGUUUCAUUAAUGACUGUAGAUGUACCCUACAGUUCCUCAAAAUGUCCAAGUUUGAAAAUCUCUGGAAAGAUUUGCUAUCCUUCCCAACAGCAGUGUGGCAAAUUAUAUUCUAGCUCCUUUAAGUACUUUCUUGGAGUAACCACUACCAUUAGACUUAACUAGCAAGAACCCCAUAAAAUCAAAGCUGAAGUUUGACAUGUGGGGAUGCGAGAAAUGUGGAAGAUAUAGCUAGACUUGCACACCAGUGUCUCGAGUAUAAAUAAAUUUGGUGUACUAUUAAUAGUAUCUCUUAUUCAUAGUAAUAGGCUUAAUUCAGGGAAUUGGACAGAUCCAAACCCAACAAACACUUGAAGUGCAGUAAAGAAACAGAUUUAAGUAAAUACCAUUCUUUAGAAUCAUAUACAUUUGUCUUACUAUUGCAGUUGCAUAAAGUACAGGAAUUUCAGUAUAUCCAGAUUUUUGGCUAAAUUAUUUUAGGCCAUAAGGUGACAAUCUUUCUGUGCACUGUGCUUACAGUACAAUUGACCUACAUGGUAAUAUAAAUUUUGCUGUUUUUAUGUCUUGGAUUGAUAAAGCCCCUGGUAGGCAAAGAGUUACCAUAAUAAAGUUAGUACCAAAUGUUGUGAGUGUUAUACAUUUGUCAGUGUUAUUUACCUUUUGUAACAGGUCCAGUUAAAAUGCUUCUGUAUAGCCUCUGUUUUCAGCUAUGAACAUUAAAUUGGUAUAAAAUACCAACAGGUUGUUAGGUAAGACACAUAUGCAACAGUUAGGUAUCUUUAUUUCGAAACGUUUCGCCUAUACAGUAGGCUUCUUCAGUCGAGUACAGAAAAGUUGAUAGAAGCAGAAGAGACUUGGGGUGAUGGACUGAUUACAUCGUCUUCAAGUCUCUUCUGCUUCUAUCAACUUUUCUGUACUCGACUGAAGAAGCCUACUGUGUAGGCGAAGCGUUUCGAAAUAAAGAUACCUAAUUGUUGCAUGUGUCUUACCUAACAUUUUCAGCUAUGGCCAAGUGCAACACCAGGGCUAAAACUGCUAUGAUUAUCAUUUGUAGGUGAUACAUGAUCACUGAUCAACUGAAUGUAUAAUAAAAUGUGCUAAUUCAGGACUGAGGGUUAGACAGCUCUGUGAUUACAUUUGUGGGAAGUGCUCAUAUCACAGAUCUCGUAAAAUGACCAUACGAGUGUGAUAAAAAAAAGUUAAGUAAUUGUCAUAUUCUAAAGCAAGCACCAAACCUGUAUUGGUCAUACAGCUUAUUGCAGUAAGGCUGAUAGUAUUUCUUCCAUGACCUUUGUCAUAAGGGUUAUUAGUACAAAGCAAGGCUUUGUUACAAUCAAAACCAAGCACUAAGCCCACUAGGGUCAUACAGCACUGCAGCAAGGCUUUAAGACGUAUUUUACCAAGGGUUGUGCUUUGCUUCAUCGACCAAAAACAAAAAAAAAAGUACAUUCCUGCAAGUAUAUGUAGGGAAGUGGACUGUCAGGUCACAGGUGAUGUGGGUAAGAUUGUGUAUUAUUACAAUCAAAAAAGCGCUAAUCCACAAGGGCUAUACAGCGCUGGGAAGAUUGUGUAAAUUCCCUAGCAGGCAUACAAGAGAUCUUCCUAGACCAAAAGUACCUUUAAUUCUACUGGAUGGUUAUUAUAAUCAUGGGGGAAAGGGAGGAUGGAAGGUAUUCAGGCUCAAUUCAGAGAACUGGAACAAAUCCAAUUCCCUUGAUCAAGAGCCCCUCACCAGCAUCAAGGAACCUCCCUUGAAGGGAACUCUGCUGGAUGGUGUAUAGUUGUGUCUAAUGCUGCUCUAUGGCAUUAUGUACCCUAAUGACAGCUACUUAAGACACUUCUAACCCUCCCCAUCAUCAUCUGAGGAUAAUCUGGCCUUUGCCCAAAGUGUGCAAGUUUGUGUCUGUGUAUGCCACACACACUGCUUAUUAAUCUUGCAUUACAUUCAUUGGAUAAUCUCAUACACUUUAACUCUAUUAUGACUUAAAAAGAGGAAGGCAUGCUUAUAGGAGUCUUCCUCACAGCCUACAAAAUUUGUAGCCUUACGAAUUUUUGAGGUGACACCACCUCUCUUAAAUUACAACUACAUUUCAUUCCUGAUAGCAAACAGAGCACAACACAUUGUCAAACCUGGGGAAAAUACAGAAGCUAAUAUUACAUUCAUGGUAGGAUUCACUAAAACCUUAAGGGUCCUACAGCAGUCAGGCUUUAUCCAAGGAAGAGGAUAUGUUCAAUUCCUUGGAAUCAAGUGCCUCACUAACAGCAAGGAAUCUAUCUUGAGUUGUUUAGUAUCAGUAGAUGCAUUCUUUCCACUGAUUCCCCCACCACCUUGAUGAUGAUGAUGAGAGGCUCUUGAUCCAACUGGACUUAUCCUUAUCUUCCUUGGAUAAAACCUAAAUUUAUUCUCCAGCUGCUACACAUUCCUUACGAGUUUGGUGAUACUUCCUGAUUAAAAAAGAAAAUACUUCCACUGGUUAAACCACCAUCAGAAUCACACCUUGGAUGGCAGGUAUUGCUGAUAAGGUAGAAACUUGGUGCAGCACAAUUAUAAAUAUUAUUACAAUCGUAAGUGCUAAAUCCACAAAGACAAAUAUAAAACUUCUGCUCUGGGUAGAGCUUUACUAAGUUAUACAAGUAGUUGUGUAACAGAUUAUAAUAUACUUGUUUUUUUUCCCAUGGAAAAUGAGUUUGAAAAGUAACAUGGGCAUACUAAAUGGAUCAAAUUCUAUAAGGUAUAGGAUUGCUGCUUCAGAGUAGCCCUUUCUAGUCUUGUCUUGUGACCUACUCAACCGAUAUCCUUGGGUAACCAAACUAUACCUAAAUCAACAAAAUAAGUACACUGUAGCCAACUACCCUGGGUCAUAGAGAUGUGUAUCUGUACUGGUGGUGAACAGGUAAUAAGCAGCCUUAAUGACCCUUUCUCUGAUCAUGCAGUGACAAACAUUUUGAAACAGGUAAGACAGAGAGGAUUACCAAGAGGGUAGGGGAGAAUUUAGGAUGGAUAGGGGAUGUGUAUACCAGGUGUUUACACUGAAGCAUACAAGUGAACAAUACUUAGGUAAGAGUAAGCAAGUUACAUUUAUAUAUUAACACAGCUGUUUCCCACUAAGGUAAAGUACCCUGAAAGUAAAACACUUUCACCAUUACUGUCAGUCUUGCCAGAGGCAUGCUGUCAUUACAGCUCAAGUGUACCUCCAAUAUCCCACCACCAUCUCUCCAGAGUGCAGGCACCGUACUUCCCACCCAGAAUAUAAGUCCAGCUAACCGGUUUCCCUCAGUCCCUUAAUAAAUGUUAAUUUGCUUACACCCAUAAAAACCGCUUGCCUCCACUUACUCAUAUUUAACAUGCUUGUACAUGCCUGUUUGAUGACCAAGACCCUCCAACCAUUCCUAGGCUGGCCUCCCUACCCCUCUUUCCCUCCACUACAGAUUUAUACACCCUCCAAAAAAUCCUAUUGGUGCCACCCUCCAUUAUGGUUUUAAAAAAUACAUAGGGUGGCUGGGGAAGCAAUGUGGCAGAGGUUGCAAAUGUAUGAAAUAGGUAGGUUACUAAGUCUUUACAGGGAGAUUGAGACUCGUGUUUGAGUAUGUUGGAAAGAAAGGGAUUACUUUCCAGUUAAAGUAGACCUUGAACAGGGAUGUGUGAUGUUACCAUGGUGGUUUAACAAAGUUUUAGAUUGAGUUUCCAGAGAAGCAAAUUGCAGGGUGUGGGAUUAAAAGGUAGUGAAUCUGACAGUUGUGCUUUGCUGAUGACAGUCCUUUAUGGAAAUACUGAAGAAAAAGUGUAAAGAUUAGGAUCUGAGAAAGCGCAUAAGAAAGAAAAUUAAAAGUGAACAUAACACACAGUAACAAUAUCAUCAAGUAAAGCACUAAACCUAAGAGGGUCAUACAGCUGAGUAACAAAAAAGUCUAGUCAAUGAAAAAUAGGAUAUCAGAUUAGAGGGAGCAUUUAGGAAGUGAAUGUGUUUAGAUGCUAUAAAUUUGGGAGUGGAUGUUUUUGAAAGAUAGGUCUUAUGAAAGGUGAACUAGAGAGAAGAUGAGGGGAGAAAGGUAAGUGGAAUGUUAAAGCAUCUGUAAAGAGAAAGUUUACCUAUGGAAGCAGAAAAAGGAAUGUUCCAGUGGUACCAACAUUUUUAUGUGGCUAUUAGACAUGGUCUUUGAGCAGUGCAACGAGGCUGCUGAAGGCAGUGGAGAUGUCGUGUAUAUAUACAUGUACCCAAUUGUUGCUGUGUUAGAAACUAGUUCUGCUGAAAGUUGGUAAUUUAAGCAAUUCCCAUUCUGCUGAAAAGAACUAACCUGAAUUUGGAGACCAAUUAUGGUAAAAGGCAUUACACCCUAUCUAACCAUCCUACGUACAAGUGAGUCGAGAUUUAUGGACAAGUCUCCUAAACACCUGAUGCCCUUGUUCACCUGACAGUAAAGUAUAUUUGUAGCUGAAAGCUAAUCAAUUAUUAUAGGUUUUAUUUUAAGCAGGACAAGAUUUAUGGGCACUUUUUAACACCUGUUAGUAAACUUCUGUAGCUUACAUAUAUGGAUCCCAAUUAAAAUAUCACAUGGGCAUUUUGGGGAUAUCCUGAGGUAAUUGUACAUUCUUGGUCACAAAUAUAUGCCUUAAACUGUUUACUGUAAUCAUUGUGAAAGUGUAUAAUAGUAAGUAAAACUUAUGUAAUGAA